AUGACGGCGCACGACGGGAAGAAGUACGUGUGCACGAUACCGCUCGGCGCGACCGGUGACGGCGAGGACGACGGCGAGGACGAUGGUGCGCUCGAGACGGCGCUGGGCGGGACGCGCGAAGACGCGGAGACGCCAAAGGCGACGCGGUUGGAGGACAUCGAACGCGCGCGCACGGUGGACGAACACCUGCGACCGCUCGAGGGACGAUGCUUUUAUUAUGGCAAUGGCGAUUGGUGGACGUACGAGCUGUGUUAUAAGACGCGAGUCGAACAGUUCCAUCGAGAGGGGACGACGAGGGUGAAUUCGUACUCGCUUGGAAAGUUUGACGAGGCGGCGACGAUGGAGUUGGGGAGCGAAAGAGCGGCGACGAUGGGCGAUGGUGCGGAAGCAGGCGUAGAUAGUGGGAAGUUGGCGCUGGAGAAUCAGCGCUAUCACGCGCACGCGUUCACAGAUGGGACGAAAUGUGAAGAUGUCGGCGCGGCGUACAGCGAGACGCGGCGCACGAGCGAGGUGCGCUUCGUGUGCGCCGAGGACGGUAGCGAAGGAUUGAGUGGAGUGGAAGAGCCGGCGACGUGUAGAUAUGUGUUGACUUUUAGAACGCCUCUGGCGUGCAAAGCGAAAGAUUUAAGGCCGAAGCGGCCGGACGUGGAACAAAUCACGUGCGCGCUCGUCGAGGACGACGCCGCCGACGAAACGGCGGCGCGCAACGGUGGAGAAAACCCCGAGCCCGCGACGAACGCCGCCGAGAGCGCCGGGGCUGACGCGCAAACGUCCACCGCGAGCGCGCAAUCGCGCGAAGAGCUUUAG